GCUUGACCGCGGCGGCCGCGACUGUUUUGGUGGUGGUGGUGGUGACAGUCUGGUCGCGGAUAUAUCGCGGUAGGCCGCGCUCUGACGAGAAACGAGACUCUGAGGCCGCUGUCUGUGUUACAGGGUGUUGCGUGGUACACGGUCAUAUGAGUGAAAAAUUAGGAGGCCGAACUGAUCCACAUGCGCGCCGAACUGACCGAAUCCAAAUCUAAGCGAGAAGCCCUGGAAUGCGAGCUUCACCAUCUGUUGCUUCAGCUUCACUCUUCGCAGCUGGCAAAGCUGCCUGACAAACGACCCGACGGACACUUCAAACCAGACGUGAACGCCAUCAAGAAGAAGCUGGACGCCGAGAUCAGACAGAGUCCUCUUCCUAGAAUGAACAGUAGAGAUUCAGAAGACAUGAAAAUAAACCCAGGAGCCGUGGAGUCGGCGAAGUAUAAAGCUGAAGUCGCACAGCUGAAAGCUGAGAACGCUGCUUUGAGAAACGAAGUGUUAGCACUCAAUAGUGAAGUUUAUGGAGCGAAGCUAGCCGCUAAGUAUCUAGACAAAGAAUUGGCUGGUAGGAUACAACAACUGCAGUUAUUAGGUAGAGAAAUGCGCGGGGACGUAAGAGAUAAACUUUGGAGGCAACUAGAAUCGGAAAUAUUGCUCCAAAGGCAUAAAACCGUAGUGAGAGCGUGUAGACGAAAUAGUUGUAUGAACAAUACCGAAAAGUGUGUGAAACCGGAUUUCGUUGAGAAUCCUGGACAGUUUGGUGAUACUAGGACUGUUGUUGUGAAACGAACGCCUGAUCAAGGCUUAGGAAUCAGCAUCACCGGUGGUCGAGAACACGGCGUGCCUAUCUUGAUCUCAGAACUAGAGCCCAAUGGUCCCGCAGCGCUGUCAAAACAAUUGUACAUAGGAGACGCCAUUUUGUAUGUGAACGACAUAGACUUAAGGAACGCGUGCCAUAGAGAGGCUGUCACGAUACUUCAACAGCAAAGUGGAGAUUGUACUUUGAGGGUACAAUAUGUGGCUGCGGACGAUAGUGAUAAUUCUUUAGAGGAGGAUGGUUUUAACUAUAAAUUUUUCGACGAAGACGUGUACGGUUCAAAUAAUCUAAACGUUCACAGAGAUAAAGAAGAUAUAGUGAAUACACCAACUGCCCCUAGAACGCCAGAUUCUUUGGUCACUAGUAGGUGAGUCAAAGGACAAAAAGCAUUUAGUGUGAUAUUACCAAAGACGCCUGAUUGACGUGUACCAUAGUAUUUUUAGGCAUGUGCAAUAUUAGUUGUAUAGUUAUAUUCGAUCACUUAUUGUAGAUUGUAAGCUUAAGUUUGAGCAUAUGUGUUUUAUAAUUUUACUUUUAUUCGUUAUUUAUUUGUAUCGUAAAAUAUAUUUUAUUUUUAUUUA